AGUUACCGCGUCCCGCUGGCACGGCUGUGCAGGUGCUGUGUCCCCAUUGUCGGUGUCGUCCUACCCCCAGCUCAGCUGCCAGGGCAUCCAAGAUGGAGACGCAACACAAAGCAGAGAACAGGGCCCACUGACACAAUGGAUUUACCACAGAAAUUUACAUUCAAUCCGAAGGAGGGCAUUGACAAUCCUGCUUUGGUCAUUUCGGACGAUGCAGGUCAACGGUGCCGGAUAUGAGGAGGGAUCCCUUUCGCCUUUUGUGUCUCUGUACAGAGCCAGACCCGGGGCCUGCGCCACGCCUGUGUGUCCUGAAGAGGGCACCAAAUGAGAGUUUUGGGUUCCACCUGCGCUUAGACACAGCCUGCCGGGGCCACAUUGUGCAGAAAGUGGAGCCGUGGAGUGUGGCUGAGUACGGGGGCCUGCAGGACGGUGACCGGCUGCUGGCGGUCAACGGGGAAUUCGUAGGCAAAGCCAGCCACCAUAGGGUCGCUCAGAAGAUACAGGUGUGUGGGACACAGCUGUGCCUCUUGGUGUUGAGCGGCGCGGACUACGAGCAGGUGCUCUCCGAGGGCCGCGACCUCCGCCACCUGACCAGAGCCCACCUGGGAGAGGGCUGUGCUCGACCACGGCUCUGUCACAUCACCAGGAACCCCCGCAGUGGUCUGGGCAUCAGUAUCACCCCUGUCCAGGGGAAGAAAGGUCGAUACUCGGUGAAGGUGGCCAGAGGGGGCGCUGCUGAGCGAUCAGGGGUCCGUGAAGGAGACUGGCUGCUGUGGAUCAAUGGUACCAGGACCUCGGGGCUCGCCCACUCAGCACUAAGAAAUAUGAUGAAGAAGUGUGGGAGCCACGUGACCGUCCUGGUGAUUGACAGUGAGAGCGAGCGGGCCUUCGCCCGCCGCCGGCACCCCAUCCUUCCUUCCAUGGCCACCACCCACAACCUGCCCCACCACCCUUCCACACUGCACCUGGAGCAGGGGCCCAGCGGCUACGGCUUCCUGCUGAGGGAGGAGAAGAUGCGGUCUGGACGCCUCAACCACGUGCUGCGUGACAUCGACGCGGGCUGCCCGGCGGAGGCGGCCGGCAUGCGUGACAGGGACACGCUGCUGGCGGUGAACGGAGAGCCUGUGGAGGCACUGGAGCAUGAGGAGAUCGUGCUGCGGGUGCGGAGGAGCGGCCGGCGCGUGACCCUCACUACCAUCCGCCCUCAGGGCGCGGACUUCUACUCUAAGCUCGGGCUGUCCCCACUGCUGUUUUGUGAUGACAUCCUCCCUGAGGAGGAGCCGGAAGAUUGUGCACCAGCCCCCCCCGCUGCGCCUCCGGACGAGCUCCUUCUGCAGACCCCGGCUCACCUUCCAUGCCCGAGGCUGUGCGUCUUGGAAAGGGGGGGCAGCGGUUUCGGCUUUCACCUGGGCUGCGUCCCGUCUGAGCCUGGCACCUUCAUAAGCCAGGUGGCAGCAGGAGGUUCCGGCGAGAAGGCCGGACUCUUUGAGGGUGAUGUGGUGGUGGAGGUCAAUGGGAUGAACGUGGAGGAGGAGUAUCUGGAAGACGUGGUGGUGCUAGUGAAGAAGGGCGGGGAGACCCUGAAGAUGUUGGUGGUGGAGAGGUGGGGAUAUGAGGCUCUGAAGAGGAGCGGGGUGGCCAUCAGACCAGGGGUGAUUAUUCAAAGCACUAAGAGAGAAGAGACUCCAAAAAAUUCAUUUUUUUGAUAACGCAGGAAUCACCCUGACAUGAGUGACGCUAUUUCUUGUUGUGUAAACAGGAAAAUACAUAGUAGUCGUAACUCCAGAUACUAUAGGAUAACCUAGGCUCCACCUCCGAUGAGCUCACCUGGAAGACCUGGACAGGUCUGGAAGUGGAUGAUCAAUGAAGCUGCUAUGACCUUUCAGAUCAUGGUCGAGGCUCAGUACAGAAUCCUCCUGCCCAAGCUGGAUCAUCUAAACUCCUCCAAGUUAUAGUGUACCACAUUGACUCUAUAAGAAAAAGCCGAAAUAUAUUUAAAUUCUAUAUUAAAUGUAUUUUCAGGGAAUGAAAAAGUCAUAAUCCACCAUCAUCCUCCAUCCAUUUUCUAUACUUGCCUUUCCCAUGCACUGUUGCGGGUGGGGUCCAGAUCCCAGAAGCUACCGGUGCAAAGCAGGAAAUAACCCAGAAUGCCGGACACCAACCUAUCAAAGGCACACAUGCCAUUCAUAUAUCCAUUCGCACAAAUGGACAAUGUGGAAAAUCCAGCAUGUUUUUGGACAGUGGGGGGGGGGGGAUGGAGCACCCAGAGGCAACCCCAUAAUGACACGGGGAGAACAUGUGAACUCCACACAUGUGGAGCCAUACUCGAACCCUGAUGCCAGAGGUGUAAAGCAACCUAGAAUCCUGAAAACCCCCAUAUUUAACUGGGCCAGUAGCAUUAGACAAAUGUAACAUACCACUAAUUGCAUAAUGAUUGAAAAGUGUUUUAUUUUUCUAUUGAUAUUUAUGUAAUAAUUUAAAAUGUAAAUAAAAUGAACACUUUCCUCCAGA